CACUGUCCAUGACCAUGGCCCAUAUGCCUCCACCACCCACCACCAACUACCAACAACCACCCCCACCCCCAGACACCCCACCACCUCGAUCACCUCUUCCACCACCCACCCCAUAAAUCCACUACCUCCCACCUUCCAAAAAAAACUAAUCUUUCCAAUACCCAAAAGGCCCAAAGCAAGAAAAUUCACAAAAAUCAUCACUCAAUUUCAAUAACACACCAAAAUAUCCAUGGCUACGACCCCUUCCUCUUCCCCACCUCCACCCCCACCCACCCUCUUCCUCCCACCCCCUGAUUCAACCCAACCCCAAAUCUCCCCAUCACCCCAGAAGAAAACCCAACCAAUCCCAUGGACACAUCAAGAAACAUUCAACCUAAUCCAAGCAUAUCAAGAAAAAUGGUACUCACUCAAAAAAGGUCAGCUCAAAGCCAGCCAAUGGGAAGAAGUCGCCAUUACAGUUGCAGCUCGUUGUGGCUUCGAUGAGCCAUCUAAAUCUUCCACCCAAUGCCGUCACAAAAUCGAAAAGCUUCGUAAACGUUAUCGGGCCGAAAGACUCAAACCCUACCCGAAUUCCUGGCAGUAUUUUGAUCUAAUGGAUAGUAUGGAACGUGGGCCUUUACCCAUUGCGGCCCAUCCUGUUGCCAUGGUAGAAUGUUCGAAUCCGAAUCCGAAUCCCAAUCCAAACCCGAGUUAUUCGAAUUCAGGUAAUACUGAUAAUCAUCAGAGAUAUUAUGAUACUGAUAGUGAUGAAGUAGAUGUUAGUUAUAUGGAUUUGAGGAAAAAUAAGUCUAAGAAUAUUAAUCAUAUUGUUCGAAAUGGUGGUGUAAUGGGUGUUAAUGGAAAUGUGAAUAGGAUGGUGAAAGAUCGAAACUUUGAUGAUGUUAUGAAGGGGAUGAUGAGGAAUUCGAUGAAUGUUGACAAACGAAAAGGGUAUUUUGGGAAUGUAGGUAUUAAUGAGGACGAGGAUGAUGUUGAGGAAGAGGUUGAUGAAGAGGAAGAUGAGGAGGAUGGAGAUGGAAGUGGUGGAGGUAGUGAAUUGGCUGCGGAGAUACGGGGUUUUGCGGAGAGGUUUAUGAGAAUGGAGAGUAAGAAAAUCGAGAUGAUGAAGGAGACGGAGAGGUAUAGAAUGGAAAUGGAGAAGAGGAGAAUGGAAAUGAUUCUUGAAACACAGAGGAGUCUAAUUGAUACUAUUAAUAGCGUUGUUGGUGGAUCGCAUAAGAAAGUGAAGCCAAGAUCAAGCUGCAAGGAGUUGCUUGGUACGUGGGAUAAGGAUAAUAAUCCCCUGAUAAAAUGUGGUAAAAUGUCUAGCCAGCAACAGAGGAGCAAGGGAAAGAAUGUGGCUGGUUCGUCCGAAUCCAGACACAAAAGGAGUCGAUAUGGUGAUCGUGUGCCCCCAGCCCCACAUAUUCCACGGGGUCAAUCAAGGAGGUAUGGAACAAAGGCAGUUAUGGAGUCGGGGAGAAAAUGGUAUUCUCAACACAAGGAGUCUAAGUAUUCAGCUGAUCAAUUCAUUGAUAGGGCGAGCCUGAUGAAAGAGUAUCCGAGUAUGGUGCGCAGAAUUGAGGCGCUGCACAUGAAUUUCUUAUUCGAACAGCCAUCUGAGUGCAACCUCAGUCUUGUGAGGGAAUUUUACGCUAAUUGGGAUUUGCGAAACAAGGAUGCAGAGGUUGAGGUAAGGGGUCGUGUGGUUACUUUUACUGCUAAUUGUGUGAAUGACCUGCUAGGUACACCUGUGGUGGAUGCAGAGCCACUGAAAAGAAUGAAUGUUGAGCCACCGUACCAGCACAUUCGCCAUCUCUUAUGUGGCACUUGUUCGACAGCCCGGUGGAUUCGUCACAAAGAGAGUGGUACUCACGUGUCACUCCCCUUCGCUCACAUGAACAGGGAGGCUCGCUUAUGGGCAAAAAUCAUCUAUGCUUGCCUUGUUCAUGGGACACAUAUGACAGCGGUGACGCGUGACAGGGUGUGUAUCAUCUAUGCCUUGAUGCGCGAAGAUAUUGAGUUGAAUGUUGGUGCAAUUAUUUUCUCCGCCAUGAGGAAAGCCAGACUUUUAGGGGGUCGUCGGUAUGGUUUUGGUGGGCUGUUGACUAGGUUUCUGAGGCAGCAGGGUGUACCCGAGGAGGAUGUGGAUUACAAACCACCUGUUAAUCUCAGACCAUUGGAUUUCUCACGCACAAAGGGGCCUGCCUCUUAUGGUGUUACUUUGACUAUGCCCGAGCGUCAAGCUCGGAAUGAUGAGAUCACAGCCCGUAUGUAUGGGCUCACUAUGCUGCAAUUGAAGAUUGGGGGGCGUCCAGCCACCGAACAGGAGAUUCGUGCUGUAGAGUUGGACUACCCACUAGGGCCUCAUGCUCGGACUAUGUUGCGGAUUGGCCCUGAUUUUGAUGAGCCAUUGGAUGAUGAUGUCCCCACUGAGGAGGAGAGGCGCAUGGGCUAUUCUGAUGAUGAAUCUGAAGAGGAAGAGCAAUCUGAUGAUGAGUCUGAUUAUGAGUCCGAAGAGGAAGAGCAAUCUGAUGAUGGCGAUUCUGGUGAUGAUUUUGGUGAUGACGAGGGUGCCGAUGAUGACAUGACGGCACUAGUACCAUUCGACUGAGCAGGGAGUAUAACACCACCUUGCCAUAUGCUUAUUUGAUAGCACUAGGACAGUGCUUCAUGUUAAGUGUGGGGUGGGGUGGAAUUUCUCAUUUCAUCUUCUUUCUUAUGUUUUAUGUGGGGGUUGAACAUUUUUUACUUUUAUGUUUUGUUUGGAUGAUUUUUUAAGUUGACAAGUUUGGAUUAUUGCCCUCUCUGGCAAAUUUAGUUUAAAGUGUUAGUUUUAUUUA